AUGUCUAUGAAAGAGAAUAAGUAUCACUUCAUUCAGCAAUUAAGUUUUCAAAAUGGAUUAUCGCAAUAUUUCAUAUUGCUGAACGAUUUUAUUCUUGGGAUAUGUCGCGCCCCGAAAUGAUUCACCGACUGAAGUUGAUGGGAAACAGAUGUGAACAUUACGACAACGGUACUCUAUUAUCAUAGUGUGUUUAUAUACAGAAUAUGUGGUUAGUGUGUGUAACUGGGCCACACUGGUAUAAUACACAUACCAAAGAUCUCUGAGUCACAGCUGGGUCAGUCAUCAUGACUAAGAACUUGUUCAGUGUUCUUGGUUUGAAGCCAGGAGCAACGGAGGAUGAGAUCAAGAAAUCCUACCGAAACCUGGCCCGGAAGUACCAUCCUGACAAAAACAAGGAACCUGGUGCUGAAGAAAAAUUCAAAGAAAUCUCAGCAGCUUAUGAUCAUCUAAAAAGUGCUGAUCGACGGGAAAUUCAUGAAAGAGAGGUCAAUAAACCAAAAGAAGAACCGAAAAAAACCAAAACUAAACCAGCUGGUACUUACAGUACAAGUUUUUCAUCUUCGCAUAGUGGUGGUUAUGAUGAUGGUAAAGCUUACAGUGGUGCUUACUCCAAAACUCCGGGCAGUACCGGCCAUGCAUUUACCUCGCCUGAUGAGGACUUCAAUUUCACAUUUUUCUCAUCCAAGAAAGGGACAAGAAAUUCAAACAGUAAAAGUAAGAAGAAAAAGACUAAAGGUAAAGCACCAUGGAAUCAGGAUUGGAACAUCCCGGACGAUGCUUUUCCUGGAGAUUUUCAGGCUAACAUGCCUGGAUUUGGUUCAAAUUCUGAAACGUUUUCCUUCGCAUUUAAGUCUUUUGUAGAUGACCUAGACGCACAUUUCUCAAUGUUUUUCAAUAACAGCCCAUUCGAGUUUUCAUCAUUUCAUGGUGGAAUGGAGGAAUUUGAUGACUUUUUCACAGGCAAGGCAAACAAACACCAAAAAAAAUCACAUGGCGUUAAGAAAGAGAAGAAUGAGAAAAAAGAGAAGAGAAAUACUGCGCCUGAGCACGGUUACGGUGGCGGGUUGGAUAAGGAAUAUAUGUUUUCCCCACGUCAGGGGCAAACACAGAACAUGGAGCCUUCCUCUGAUGAGGACGAUGAGCCAGGAUUUAGAUUCAGCUCAGACUCUGAAGAUGAUGGGUAUCCAGACCCCAGAUUCAAGUGUUCAUUUUGUGGGAAAAGGCUGACACUUGAGGCAUUAAAUGCUCAUGAACCAGCAUGUGAGCGUCGACAAAGACACGCCCAGUUUGAUGACAAUGAUCCAUUUGGGGGCCAUUAUCCAAAACCUAAAGGAGACAACUGGCGUGACACACACGAAGAUUUAGUGAAAAACAUUCGCCGAGCCAGACGAGCUGCCAAGAUGACAAGGGAUGAUAGUGAUCUAGGGCCGGUGGUAUGUCGGUUCUGUAACCGUACCUUCAGUAAGUCAGCAGCCGACCAUCAUAUACCGUUCUGUGAGAGGUGGACGAAGGAACAUGGGAAACCCCUCAACCCCCAGAGUAAAUCAGCUGGCUCCGGUACUGGCAGCAAAUACGAACGAGCAAAAGAGUAUUCAAGAUCUGUUCCCAAACCAAAGUUUAGAAGUGAUACACAACAUCCAUCUCCACGAUCUGACUGGAGUAAGGCGAGUUUUCCUGAUGUUAACGGAGGACAAAGGAGGGAAACUAUGGACGAACCUUAUGUCUUCAGUGGUGCAGGACUGACUUCGCCGCGUUCUACCAAACCACCUCCCCGAGCCAGGGCGAAAACUCCCAAAUUUAAUGUCACUCCUCAAAAGGAAGAGGUAAAAUUCCCAGACCCAAAAGGACCUACAAGUUAUACUCGAAUACACAUGGAACGCAAGCCCGCCGCAAAUGUUAGAUUUUCGACCUGAUGUUUUUCAGCAUAAACAAUGAGAGAUUGAAGUGGAAAUGAUGUUUUGGCCAGUUGUGUGAAAAUUUAUUUUGUUUUCUUUUGAUAUUUCUUUCGAAUGAUCUUGUGUACUUAUACAGGAACUAAAAAGUGUAUUGGUAACCUUUACAGAAACCAUGGACAGAAAGAUAUCAUCAUUCAAUACUUGUUUUUACAGCAUGAAGAGCUAGAUUUACUACCUGUAUUACAACACUUCAAAACUCCCAUUUCAAGAAUACACAUUUUCUUUGUGCUUGUUACUGUAUAUCCUUAAUAUGUACUUUCUGUUAAACUUUUAUUUAUUAAUUAUUGGAGGAGAAAAGUUUACAAGUGACAUGAGACUUAUUUCUUCAUGGGAGUUUUCAUACAAUAUAACAAAUACAAAUAUCUUGAGAGGAAAUUAUUUUUGUGUGUUUUUCCUUCAGGUAUGUUGUCAUUAUAAUGGGGUUGUGAUGAAUAGAUCAUGGAGUAUUGUAGUGGAUGUUGGAGACUGUAAGUAAACAUGGAGGUCCAAUGAUAACAUGAAAAGAAGGAGAAUAAACUGUAGAAUUAAAAGAAUUAUUCAUGAAGUUCCGAACAUGUGAAUAAUUAAAAAAAAAAAAAAAUUCACAAAGAAUCAUAGCAUCACAGACAGAUUGUACAAUAACAUUUACACAAGAAGUAAACGGUGUACAUAUCUCGUUUUGUCUUAACUGUAGGUCUUUAAAGAAACACACUCCGAAUCUUUAAAUCUUAAAAAAUGUAUACAAAGUCCUAAACAUGUCAUAAUUUGUACAUCUGGUUAUGAGACCAAGAUCAGGGCCCUAGCCCGAGGCCUGUAUCCUGGUAGCAUGAUACAAGGAAUGCUAGAUCUGGUUAUAUCUGGUCAUGACCAGGGCUGGAGCCCGAGGCCUGUAUCCUGGUAGCAUGAUAUAAGGAAUGCUAGAUCUGGUUAUAUCUGGUCAUGACCAGGGCUGGAGCCUUGGGCCUGUAUCCUGGUAGCAUGAUAUAAGGAAUGCUAGAUCUGGUUAUAUCGGGUCAUUGCCAUGGCUGGAGCCCGAGGCCUGUAUCCUGGUAGCAUGAUAUAAGGAAUGCUAGAUCUGGUUAUAUCUGGUCAUGACCAGGGCUGGAGCCCGAGGCCAAUCCUGGUAGCAUGAUACAAGGAAUGCUAGAUCUGGUUAUAUCUGGUCAUGCCCAGGGCUGGAGCCCAAGGCCAAUCCUGGUAGCAUGAUACAGGGAAUGCUAGAUCUGGUUAUAUCUGGUCAUGCCCAGGGCUGGAGCCCGAGGCCAAUCCUGGUAGCAUGAUACAGGGAAUGCUAGAUCUGGUUAUAUCUGGUCAUGACCAGGGCUGGAGCCCGAGGCCAAUCCUGGUAGCAUGAUACAGGGAAUGCUAGAUCUGGUUAUAUCGGGUCAUGACCAGGCUGGAGCCUGAGGCCAAUCCUGGUAGUAUGAUACAAGGAAUGCUAGAUCUGGUUAUAUCGGGUCAUUGCCAUGGCUGGAGCCUUGGGCCUGUAUCCUGGUAGCAUGAUAUAAGGAAUUCUAGAUCUGGUUAUAUCUGGUCAUGACCAGGGCUGGAGCCCAAGGCCAAUCCUGGUAGUAUGAUACAAGGAAUGCUAGAUCUGGUUAUAUCGGGUCAUUGCCAUGGCUGGAGCCUUGGGCCUGUAUCCUGGUAGCAUGAUAUAAGGAAUUCUAGAUCUGGUUAUAUCGGGUCAUGACCAGGCUGGAGCCUGAGGCCAAUCCUGGUAGUAUGAUACAAGGAAUGCUAGAUCUGGUUAUAUCGGGUCAUUGCCAUGGCUGGAGCCUUGGGCCUGUAUCCUGGUAGCAUGAUACAAGGAAUGCUAGAUCUGGUUAUAUCUGGUCAUGACCAGGGCUGGAGCCCAAGGCCAAUCCUGGUAGUAUGAUACAAGGAAUGCUAGAUCUGGUUAUAUCGGGUCAUUGCCAUGGCUGGAGCCUUGGGCCUGUAUCCUGGUAGCAUGAUACAAGGAAUGCUAGAUCUGGUUAUAUCUGGUCAUGACCAGGGCUGGAGCCUUGGGCCUGGUAAGUAGCUAUAGAUUUAUGUAUAGUACAGAUGUAAAUCAUUCCCAAAUUACACUCCAAGAAUCUUGAUUCCAUCCCAUGUACCCACUGGCUUUAUAUCAUUACCAUCAGUCAGAUAAUGGUUCCUCAUACUAUUCUAUUAGUGUUUAAUAAGAUUCUGAUUACAAUUUACUUGUAUUCCUCAACUAACCCUGACCAACUGUUUACUAAUUCUGUCCUCUCCAAUUGUUACAGCUAUGGAAUUAUUCAAGAUGAUUUAUUUUAGUCAAGCACAGGGUGAAAUUUUCCUGUGAAUAGUAUUAGCCGACAUCAUGUAUUUGAAUGUGUUGGUUAAGUCACACAAUAUGCACGACUGCACGGGGGCUUCAUAGCUAGUGUUUAAUCCGUCCCAUUGUUAUCUGUGAUAUCAACAUUUAUGGACAUGUAUCCUUACUUUGUGCCAUGAAAGUUUCAAUAUUUAUCGUAUAUAUCUAAAUCAGCAAGCGUCACCAUUAGAAAUACUGUUAUCAAGUAUCAUGGCGGAAUGUCCAACAGCGAGAUAUCUGUGAGCUGUAUUUUGUAAAACAUUAAACUCUCUUGUUUGCUUUUUUAUCUAAAUAAACAUUAUUUUUUACUGA